AUGAAAAAAGGAGGGAAGAAAAAGUCGCGUGCUGAGGAGGAUGAAUCGGACCAAUAUGAUGAUGAUAUUGAUGCCUUCCAUAAACAGAAAGAAAAGGUACGAAUGGCAGUGCUUGAUCUUAGUGAAAGGCCCAUUUUCUGUAUUCUGCUUGCUGAUAAAAGUGGUUUUGAUAGAGAUUCAUCAGAGGAGGAGGAAGUGCUGAAUGUAGCCGAAGAUUCUGACAGCGAUGAUGAAGACAUUGCAGCAUACAAACAGCAACUGCGACAGAUCAACCGUAACAAGUUUAAGAAAAAGUUAGACAGUGAUCUGGAAGAGGAAGCUGAAGAAUACGAUGACUUACCAGACGCAAAAGCAUGGGGUGCAAAACGUUCAUGGUUUCAAGGUGGUGAUGUGCGGGACAACAGAAUUGGUAUGCAAAUGUAUAACUGUCUUAACUCUCUGGCUCUGAAGAUGAGGAGGGCGUGGCAGCACUUGGAAGAAAAAGAAUCACUGGCUAUUCAGCAACGAUUAGCAGCUCAGCUUGACGAAGAUGAUUUUGGCAUUGCACAGCUGGUUCAGCUGUUGCUAGCAUCAGACAGCACACAGCUUACACCAGAUUCCCAUACUCUAUUUAGAGAUCUCCUUGUUCAUAAAAUCCUAGAUGUCAGGAAAAGAGCAAUCAGAAGAAGUGAAAGAUGUUACAAAAGUCAAGGUGGAUUUUUCAAAGAUGUCCAGAAAGGAGGAAUUGGAGCUUCUGAAAAAGACAUCCCAGAAUUCUUUCCACUGGUCAAGGAUUUCAGAGAAAAGAUGCUUGAACUGAAAGAAAAAGUCUUGCCGUUGAUGGAGCUAGUGAAAUCUGGCAAGAUUGUGGACAACGAAGCAGAUUAUGUUCGUUCCAAGUUCCACAUCCUGAUGGGGUAUCUCACAAAUGGUUGCUUCUAUAUGUAUCUUAUGGCCAAGCGCACACCUGUUCAUGAUCAUCCUGUGAUGAAAAGACUGGCUCAGUUCAGACAGCUUGCUAAGAUGAUGGAGCCAUUGGACGACCAAGUAGCAGGUGAUAUAGAAAAGCUGCUUGAGAAGUUGAAGCAGGGUGAAGAUGUUGACUUGUCAGUGCGUCCUCAAAAGAAGCGUAAAAUUGUUUCUAUAAGCAAUGAGAGCCCUGUGCCAGCCAUGGAAGAUAAUGAAGAGGACAUUGAAAUGGAAGAUCAAGAAGAUGGAAAGAGAGGAAUCACUUACCAGAUUGAGAAGAACAAGGGUAUUACAACAUAUAAGAAGAAGGAACUUCGUAAUCCUCGUGUUAAACACAGAAUGAAGUAUAGAAAGGCAAAUAUUCGUCACAAGGUUCAGGUGCAGAAAAUUAGGCCAAAGGGUUACUACGAUGGAGAGCAUGCUGGCAUACGUGCGGGUAUUAUCCGCAGCAGAAAGAUGAAAUAAAAUUGCUAUUGCCUAAUGUGA